CUCCUUAUCCCUUCCUCCUGCCCCUUCCUCUUCCCCUCCUGCUAAUUACCCCUUACCCCUGCUAGGUCUGUGAUUGUCAGGCUGCUUCAAGAUGCCAUCAGUUGGACCCUUAUCCUCCCCAACACUUAUUACAUUCCUCCCAUCUGUGCCCAUUCCCUGUUACUCUCCAUCACCCAGUGCUCUUUCCCUAUUGCAAUCUAGCCCCCCACUAUAUCACCCUGCAUCCUAAUCCUCCUGCACUUCCAAUUCGGCUUGUUUUCUCUCCACUCCUUCCCUUGCAUUGCUCAUUCCCCUUUGUGAGCGUCACCCAAUGUCCUUCUGCCCCUGCCAUUGAGAUCAGCAGGAGGAAACACACACAGUCAUGGAGUCCCACCUGCAGAAGAGAAAGGACAGCCGGAAGCCUCUGCGCAUUAAGGUUAUCAGUAUGGGGAAUGCAGAAGUGGGCAAGCAGAGCUGCAUUAUAAAACGUUACUGUGAGAAGAGGUUUGUGCCUAAGUAUCAGGCAACAAUUGGAAUCGAUUAUGGAGUAACGAAGGUGCAGAUAAAGGACCGAGAAAUAAAAGUCAAUAUAUUCGAUAUGGCCGGUCAUCCCUUCUUCUAUGAGGUCCGCAACGAGUUCUACAAGGACACACAGGGUGUCAUAUUGGUGUAUGAUGUUGGCCAGAAGGAGUCCUUUGAGUCUUUAGAUGCCUGGCUAGCCGAGAUGAAACAGGAACUUGGUCCUCAAAUCAACAUUGACAACCUUGACAACAUUGUGUUUGCUGUGUGUGCCAAUAAGAUUGACAGCACAAAGCACCGGUGCGUGGAUGAAAGUGAGGGGAGGCUCUGGUCAGAGAGCAAAGGAUUUCUUUAUUUUGAAACUUCCGCUCAGAGUGGGGAAGGAAUUAAUGAGAUGUUCCAGGCCUUUUAUUCGUCUAUUGUGGAUUUAUGCGAUAACGGUGGGAAGAGGCCAGUGUCAGCCAUAAACAUUGGCUUCACCAAAGAGCAAGCAGAUUCAAUACGCAGGAUCCGUAAUAGCAAGGACAGCUGGGACAUGCUGGGGGUGAAGCCAGGGGCCACAAGGGACGAAGUGAAUAAAGCCUACCGUAAACUCGCCGUGCUCCUUCACCCGGACAAAUGCGUGGCCCCCGGCAGCGAGGACGCCUUUAAAGCAGUUGUGAAUGCACGGACAGCCCUGCUCAAGAACAUUAAAUAGAGGCGGGACUUGAGCUCUCCAUUCUCCGGCAUCCGUUACACACUCUGGCGUGAGGUCAGGCUAAAAAAAAAAAAAUCAAUUCUCAUUUCUGAAUGGAAUGGUUUUGUCCUGCAGGCACAUCCAUUACUGUCUGCGGGGGAGAAGACUGGAACGUGCCAUCCCUUGUGUUAAGCACACUGACUCUUCCUAAUCCUCUGGGGCACCAGCACUAAUUUAUACAUGAUUUAGUGCACAUUCAGCACCAUCGCUCCACACUCCCAUUCCUCUGUAUUAUGCACAUUGCCUUUGUACACUGUCUUCCUAGGUUGAUCUGUAUGCAGCAUUCCUUGUAGUACAAUCUAUUGGGCUUUAUGCAGGCAGGAGGACGGAGAUUAAUCAGGCCAUGUAUAUACCGAGAAAAAUGAUAUGUAUGAUUGGCUGCACAAUGCUGUGCCAUUGGCCAGUGCCCCAUGAGUAUAGAGCAGCCUUAAACACCCCUAAAUUCAUUGCAAUUUUUAACAGUUAGAGGCACAAGUUAUAUUUCUAAUUCAUGUAAGUUUUUAAAAACUCCCCUAAGCUCCCAUACAUUUGAAUCUAAUUCGAUUCGAAUGUUAAAAAAAACUCUGCCAGGAAGGCUGCAAACAACUCAAAAUUGACCAGCCUAGAAUUAGCCAAGAGGCACUUCAAAAGUAGCCCAAUAUGUGCAGUGAAAAAUAAAUGAAUAUAUGUGUAAA